UUGUCGCGCUUCUCUGGCUCACGUCUGAGCUACAGAUACGAUCUGCUCCUUUACAUUAAUACCUCUCAGAAUGGCGCCAGUCACACGUCACCAAGCUUCUGGCGACGGCUUGGUCGGUAACAAGUCGCGACACAAACGUGCAAGUAGUUGGGAUCUUCUCGAAUCUCAAGUCCAUAAUGCAAAAAAUAUAGGCUCAGCCCGCGCUCUCCAUCCUUCAAUCGAGGCCGAUCACGACGACGCAAUUACGCCUCUGCGCAACAUGGCAGACCGCGUUGGCAAAGAGGUCGAGAAAUUCGCUGAGCGACUUGACCUUUGGCUCGGGUAUGGGACGGAACGCACACCAGGCUCGGAGGGGAAAUCACCCGGCACGAUGGUGACACGGUUCAGAGACGAAGCAAAAGCUAUAUCGAAGCCAUUGAAACAGCGAUCUAUCAAAGAAGACACCGGCGCUCGAGUUUCCACAACCCAAAGGUUGAUCUCUCUGCGAGAAGGUCUUUUCGAAGACGUUUCAGUGCUAGAAGAUACUGCGGGUGGAGGCCAAGGUGAUCACUUGAACAACGUACAAAAAUGGGAGGGAGAGGUAGAUACAUGGGACCUUGCACUUCUCAUACUUUCCCAUAGACUAUCUGACGCCACUGCGGGUAAAGAGGCUCCCCAACAGCCAAAAGAGUUACACAGGUAUAGCUCUCGCCAAGACGUUUGGGACCAGUUCAUGCUGCAUGACGAAGAUGCCAAGGAAAAGAGUCUCGUGUUAAAAUGGCUCCAAGAAACCGCCGAUAAAAAUGGCGAAAGAAUCGAAAAAUUGGGCGAACAAUUCGAAAAGCUUGGCGAUGGAGGGCACCAUGGACACGGCAGUUGGACACAUGGCUGGAUGGCUACAAAGGAGAGGAUUAAGGGCGAAAAACGUAUGGGAACCUUGAGCCAUACCAAUACUGAGGGUCCUCAGCCAGAUCUACUCAACUCCAGCAAAUCUGGACUUCUGGUUACUCAGCUUGACCCAGACGCACCUUCCAGACAGAGCCGAAUACUGGAAGAUUCUGACGAAUAUCAAGAGCGCUUUCUGUGGUUUGUAAGCUACCAGCUGUUGAGACGUGGAAAGAGUUUGGACGAGAUCAGAUCCUGGAUGAAUGAACGAAACGAGGGCUGGCGCAGCGUAAGCUUGGGCAUCACCCAGGAGGACGACCAACCGAGUUCUUCCGUUGUGGCACAUGGAAUUCUUUGGCGCCGUAUGUGCCAUGCGGCAGCAAACGCAUCGAACAAUAUAUACGAGCGUGCAGUUUAUGGACUACUUGGCGGCGACCUCACUUCAGUACGGCCCGUUUGUUCUACGUGGGAAGACCAUCUCUAUGCACACUUCAAUUGCAUUCUGUCGUUCCGAUUUGAUCAUUUCAUCAAAGUCGCAUACCCACAGACACCUGGCCUUACAGCUGCUCGAAAAUUUCCAAGUUUCAAUUCGAGAGCCUUCUAUGGAAACGCCAUACCGAUCAAUGACACCGUGAUACAGAUUAUCAACUCUGAACCGAGUUUGAAGCCUUCAAAUCUUCAAAGGAUCCAAGCCAGCCUCCUCACCGAUAGUCUCGAUCAACUGAUGUGCGACGUCGGUGCGGCUAUAGCUGAGAUUGCUUGUCUCGAUCCGAGGGGAAAGGAGCUAUACUUUACUCCUGAAGUUCCAGUAAAAGGCUACGAGUCGUUUGCGGAAGACGAGCAAGCUCUACGCGUUCUAUUACAUGCUUAUUUGGCCUUCGAUGAGUACUAUGCCUCUAAAGCCCCGAAGAGGCCCGCAGCUCAAAUCAAGACCAUGGAGAAUUUGAUUGUAUGGUAUAUGGAGCUUCUUCGGAGUGCCCGAAAGCUAGAUCUGCUCCCGUUAUACGCUGCGCAGCUGUCGCCAAACAGGCUUGGUCGGACUAUGGCUCUCAUUCUCCCGGACAUAAAGAGUGAAGAAGAUCAGAAACGAAUGGUCCGGCUAAUGACACGCUAUCGUGUCAAUGUUGAAUUCAUCCUGGAGAAACAGUAUCAGAUGGCCUUGGCGUCAUGUGGAUUACGAAGUAAAGUCAGCCUCAAAGAUGAGCCUGUGGCUGGUAAUGUUGACAUUGUGAACCCUCCUACCACCCCGGAAUUCAAGAUUCUUCAAAAAACGACUGAUUAUAAAUGGCCCGGUCAAAAGAUCUGUGUGGGCUUCAUCAAGGAGGAUAUUCAGCCUCCUGAACGUGCUGUCAUAGAUGCUGUGCACUGGUUUUUGCAUCUGAAAACUUGGAAGCUGAUAUUCAGCUCAUUGGAGGACGCUUUGGCACGAUUCUUAGCAUACGGCCGAGUCUCUGCCGCAUUUGCCCUGAGCACACAACUGCCCUGCGCUGAGAUCUCUCUUGAGAAGACGCCACAUUUCCUUAAGGGUGAAGUCAUCGACAUAACGCUUUGGGAAGAGAAUGGCACUGCGGAGCCGCUUUCCGAAAGCGAGCACGAGCACUCUCUCCGACGGCCAUCUCUUUCACGCCGAAGAUCUCCCAGAGUUGCUCUGGACCAGUCGGAGCCCCUUGAAAUCACUAUAACGAAGAAGAUACUAAAACAGGACUCAAAAGCAGCCUAUGACCUCCAGCAGCUCGUCCUCGCUAUCGGGGCUCUUCACGAAUGGGCUACUAUCGAAGAAGAAUUUAUUACUAAUGGUGCACAAAACUCGUCGACCGAUAAAUCCAGCCUUAAAGAAGUAUUCGACACGAUCUCCGAGAUCCUCCAUCCCUUUCUCAAGAAAUCCACAAAUACCCUUUACGGAAUAGCCACCGCGGCAACGCCCACAAGCGCAGCCGGUCCUGCUACAGUCUCCAUUGCCUCAUCCAUCGCAACGACCGAGCUAGGGGCCCAUUUUUCCGUAGACGUACGCCGCAUAACAAACCUGAGAGCUCUCCUUCCCUUUAUUCUACCCGUGUACGUGCCCGAGCUUGUCCUGGCUUACGCUAGCACGAUCCAGAGUGCCAGCCAUCUUUUAACAAGGCAGUAUUUGACAAUGAGCAUGGAGCUAGCGGCAUUGUUGGCGGACGAUGAGUGUGAGGAGGUUGUGGACCUAUUUGCGGAGGUAGGAAGGAUGAGGGAGUUGGUGAGGCUGUUUGCCAGCACUGGGAGGUGCAUGGUGGGGAUGGGAAGUAGGGAGAAAGGGGAUAAGCCGAGGAGAAGGGAAUGGGAGGGGGAAACGAUUCGGGUUUGGGACAUGACUGUGAGGAACUGAUGCGCCGAAGAUUAAAGUAAGAGAGCAAACAAUGAUGGGAUGAAAUAGCAUUGAAGAGUACUUUCGGUAUCGGGACGUUACAGGCUAUAAGUCUUGCUUGACAAAGGGACAUGAAGAACAGAGUAAAGCUGGUCACAGUGAAAGCAUAGAGCAAACAACACACCAUGGAGACGGCGUUUUCUAUUGGCGUCAUAAAUCAUAUCCUUUAUUCAUGUAUAUAUAUUUUCUCAUCCAUCGUAUGCCAUGAUUGUUUUUCCGGUACGCACAUCAUGC